GGAGCCCGACCUCCCGCCGUCGCCCACCCAUGUACCGUUGUGCACCCCUUCCCGAUCCCCCUCCGUAUCUCCCCUCCCGGCAGCGCUCGGUUUCCAUUUCCCGGUACGACCACUGCCGUCGUACGCACAUACGCAUCUAUCAGGACUUGCACCCACUCAUGCACCCGCACCCGUACUAGUUCAGGAAAAGGAGAGGGUGAAACGGAGGCGGGUCGUGCUUCAUUCUACAGAGGAAGGCUCGCACCAGCGUCCUGGAUCCAGCUCCAUCUCCUUCAUUGACUCUAGCUCUGGUUCUGGCUCGGGAUCUGGAUUUGGAUCUGGCUCUGCGAGACCCAGCAACGUACAGGAAGAGCUAAAGACAACAGCUCCAAGCACGCACCAGUACUCGCAGAUUAACAACCUCCUGCAUACGCUGCACACUUUACGUCACCUGCCUGUCUCUGGUCAUCCGUCUCCUCAUCCUUUGCCCGAGGCAGAGCGGGGAGUAUGAGGUUUCGAACAGGAUACUGGGAUCCCUAGCAUUAGAGAGGAGGAGACGACUCGGACGGGAUACGCAAGAGGGUCAGGACGAGGCGGUGGGGGAUGAGGAUGAGUGGAGUGGUGAGGAUGGGGAGGAGUGGGUGGGUGAUGGUGAUGAUGUGGAUAUGUAACCUGAUCCUAGCUGAGCUUGUACUAGAGGGGUAAACCGCGCGGUGUGCUUCUUCUUCACCUUUCUUUCUUUUCUUCCCAUUGCGUUCCCUCUGGCAAUACUGUACGCAUACACUAGUCUGCACCCGUGUAGAUGAUGAUUCCCAUUACCCUAUGAAAGUAUGCAAGUAAUGUAUGAGAGAUGCGU